CCGGCGCUAGAUUGUCAUGAUUUCUUGCUUGCUUGUUCCAUUCCAUGGGUUUCUUUAAACGUUGUAAUAGUGAAUUGUGAAUUACAAUAUUUAUUACUUAAAUAUUCAAUACAGGCUAGGAAAUACACCGAAUUCAAUUUGUAGGCUGUUGACAAUCAAGAUUUCUGACCUUCAGUCCUAUCCUAAAUAAUGUCGCCAUUUUGACCAUGCUAGUUACUAUUGAAAUUAUCUAAAUUUGUUCGUUUCUUAGACUAAUAAACUCCUGGUGGCGUAUGUAAAUGGAUGCCCUAUUUCGAGAAGGACGACGACAAUGUCCAAGAAUACUAGUGUAGUAAAUUUCCUUAUCCAUGACGCCAAUGGUUAGACAGCCUCAGAUGGUUAAAGUAGUACAAAAUAUAAAUACUGAACCCAUUGCACAAGUCAAAUUCAAACAAAACCCUGUGAAAGUUUAUAAACUAUCAAGCAAAGUUAACACUCAGAUACCACAGUUUCGCACAAUUUCAGGGACUGGAAUUAAGUGUGCUUCAAAAUUGGUUCAAUUACCUGCUGAUGAACUUGCUCGGCUACAGAAAACAGCACCUAAGACUGAACCAGAGUCUCAAGAUAACAUUGAAAAUAACCAAAAUCAAUUGCCAAAAGCUAACAUACAUCCUGUACCCGAAUUGGUGCCAUUUUUAACAAAGCAAGAGCCUGUGGAAAACAUAGAAAAUUCAAAUCCCACAAUGUCACAUACAUCGAGAAGAAGACAUGAUUCUGACAAUGAUCCCCCUGCAGAAUACACUACUAAGCGUCGCAAGCAUGCAGAUAAAGUUGGUAAAGGUUUAAGGCAUUUUUCAAUGAAAGUGUGUGAAAAAGUAAGAAACAAAGGAUUUACAUCUUACAAUGAAGUGGCUGAUGAGUUAGUACUGGAAUUUGCAGCUGGAAUGCAUGGUUCUGCUGAUAGCCAACAUUACGAUCAAAAGAAUAUUCGGAGGCGAGUAUAUGACGCAUUAAAUGUACUAAUGGCUAUGAACAUUAUAUCAAAAGAGAAAAAGGAAAUCAGAUGGCUGGGGCUGCCAACAAACUCCAUGCAGGAGUGUACUGCAUUAGAAAAGGAAAAACAAACUAAAUUGGAUCAAAUACAAACAAAAACGCAACAAUUACAGGAACUUAUAUUACAGCAUAUCUCAUUUAAGAGUUUAAUAGAAAGGAAUAAAGAUGCAGAAAAUAAAGGCAUAAAACCUUCACCAUCAUCUGCGAUACAUCUACCAUUUAUAGUUGUAAAUACGAGCGACAAGGCAUUGAUUGACUGUAGCAUCUCUAAUGAUAAAACAGAAUAUAUGUUCAAUUUUAAUAAGCGAUUUCAAAUACAUGAUGAUAUAGACAUACUGAAAAGGAUGGGCCUCCUAUUUGGUUUGGAUAAAGGUGAAUGCACAGAAGAAGACAUUGAAAAAGUAAAAAGUAUGGUACCAAAGUCAUUAGAGAGUUAUGUUGAGCAAAUGGGUAGAGGUGUCGGCCACAGUCUUUCUAAUAUUCUAGAAGAGGAAGAUGUAGAUGAAGUUGGUGAAGAAGAAGAGACACUAGAGGGUGAAGCAAUCACAGAGGAACAGGAAGUGGAGGCUAUUGAGUACAGUGAAGACAGCAGUGACGUAGAUGUGUAGCAAUAUGUUGCCUUGUUAUUUUUAGCAUUAUGUAUUUGUACCAUAUUAUAUCAAUUAGUAAUAAACUUUUAAGUUUAUGCAAAAA